CUUUAUGAAGCUCGUCAAACACUAGAUCGUGGCAUUGGACUCUUCGCCAAGACGUCAAUCACUGCCGGAUCAGCAUUCAUGUUCAACUCUCCCGUCGUUGUUGUCGCACGAGGCGCUCUGAGCGGUCUUUCCCAUGCGGACCGUGACAGAGUCUUUUCAAAAGCAAUCCAGCAACUUCCUAAAGACACCCGAAAGCUAUUUCUGGACCUUGCGAGGAGUAGGAGAGGCAAUAAGAUUGAUGACAUUUUCCAGACGAAUUCAAUGGGGAUGGAACUUGGGGGUGUCAGACAUUUAGGCGUUGUCCCUGAAGCCGCGAGAAUCAAUCACGCUUGUCGACCGAACUCAUACUACCGCUUCGACUCCAAAACCCUAAAUCUAGAAGUCUUUGCUCUCCACAACAUCAAAGCCGGAGAAGAACUAACCUUCGGCUAUGGCUAUACAACCCACCCCCACACCUCUCGCCGCGAAGCCCUCAAAAACAAUUGGUCCUUCACCUGCACCUGCAACCUCUGCAUGUCUCCUCCUACUACUAUCACGGCCUCUGACGCCCGUCUCAAACGCAUCGCGGUAAUCAAAUCCACCCUCCCUUUAGCCUUCGGUAACCUCCCUCGCCUUCUCAAGCUAACGCAAGAACUCAUCACCCUGUUUGAAGAAGAAUCACUUGUAGUUGAAAAGCCUAAGUAUGAGGAGAUUAUCGCAUAUACUUAUAGUCAAGUUGGUGAUGAGGACCAAACUCGUUAUUGGGCUGGCCGUGCGAGGAAGGGUUGGGAGAUUAUUGCUGGCAAGGGAAGCUGGGAGGCUAGGAGGAUGGAGGCGUUGGAGGGGAAUGUUAGAGGGCAUCCUAGUUGG